UCCCUUUUUAAAUAAAUAGGUUAAUGGGCUUCCAGUCUUGAAACCAUGUCUUAGCAUUAUGAAAGUAUUUGUCCAACAAACUUAGACCUGCGGCAUUGUCUGCCUUGACGCUUGUGGUUAAAGUCGUGUUUCCCAUGUGUGUAAAUAUAAAAUGUCGAAGUUAAAAAUACGUGUUCGGAGCACAUCGUUAGCUUCCGUCGACAAUCGAGACUCAGUGGCCGACCGCCCGCCCGAGAACGGUGCGCGCGCGCACACUUGGGCGGCACGAUUAUUUCCUCAAAAAAAAAAAAAAUCUUUAAACAUACCAUACAAACGGACACAAUUCACAAUAACUGUUUAUAUUAUUUAUUUACUUGUGUUAUAUAGUAUGUGAAUUAAAAAUUGUUUAUAAUAGAUAUUACAAAAAAAAAAAAGAAACAUUUGAAAGCUUUAAUUUUAUCGUUAGAAUGUACAAAAUGUGCGUUGGAAUGUGUAAAUUUUAUACGUGAAUGUAUAAACACAAUCGUGUCGUGUAUGUGGUGUUUUACGUAACGUAAAAUACAUAUGUAUAGUGAAUAUUACUGCAUUAUCCGUGGAUUAAGUAUUUUAUUUACAUUAUCUUCUAGUUUUAAAAAUUAUGAUAUUUAUUAUAUAAAUUCCUUUUUUUUUUUUGGGAUAGAUAAGUAAAAUACAAGUAUGCAUUCCUCUAAAUAUCGUCCCAUCGUCUCGCCAGUGGUGAACGUUUGCACGUGCGUUUAUUUUCACUUAUAAAUAGAUAACACCCAGUUGCAACAUGACGUCACCAAAAGAAAGCAGUGACGCCAUCGACGUCUACACUGACGACAAACAACGCCGCCAAGAUAUGCCAAAAGACUUGUCCGAACUCCCACCGAGCGGCACAUCUUUGCAUAAGAGAAGAAGGGGGGAGCCACCUGCUUCCUUGUCUGUGAAGUCUUCUCAGACCACUUCGGACCCUGAAGUUUCUCCGUGCACUGCUGGUGUAACGUCGUACGACUACCGAAGAUUCCCUGAAGGAGACCUACCUGAUCCAGAAGCAUUAUGCGAAAGCAUGCUCCAAAGGUUAAAGGAUCGGGAUGACCCCGCCUCGAUACGGGGCAAAGAACUAGCGAUGCGAACUAAAGACACAGUAGAUGCGAUAGAUCAGUUGGAAAAGUUGCUAGAGCUUCUGAACCAAUUUGUCACGUUGAAGGAACACAAUUCACGUCUACUCAAAAGACUAAGGGAUGUGAACCAUCUCAAGAAUCUUCACAAUGCUCAUAAAAGAAUAGAUAUGGAAAACGAGAGAUUGAGAAUAGAAGGGAAGGAGUUGGAGUUGAUAAAUGAGGCUUUGGACUCUGAAAUAGAAUGUGAAUACGGUCAAGCCGUGUUCGAUUCGUUAAUGGCCAGUGGUCGGAGCGUGAAGAGAUCAGGGUCGAAGUGGAAAGGUCACUCCAGGUUUGGGAGUACACUACUUAGAAAGCAAAGGUCAAGGUCAACCGGCGGUGAGGACAGCGACGCGCCCCCAGGCACUCCAUUACGGAGACGCUCCGAUGGAUUAUUCUCCAAGGAAGUGGAAAAAUCCAAAGUUUCCAAAUGGACAAGAGUGAAAGCAGCAUUUAGAUGGGAAAAAGCUCAAUGGCCAUCGUCUACGAUAGGGGGCGCCGCGGGUGCUGUAGCCGCCGGAGCCAUGAUUGGGGUGGUCGCUUUGGCAGGAUCUUCUCCGUCAUCAGCUACCCUCCCCAAUCCCGACACCAGGGAUUCAGCCAGCCUCACCCCCGGCAGCGCCCUCUCGCUGACACCAAACUCUUCAUGUGAAGAAUUAAGAAUGGACUCAGGGGUGUGCCGUAAGAGCGGAGUGUUAAGAUGCGACGAGAAUGACAAUACGUUUUUGCAUGCACCUGUACAGGACGAUAGUUCAACUUCACCAUCCCCAAACAAACUCCAUAAGAGUCCAUGGGUGAAGAUGCGUGAUAUCAUCCAAACACAUCGGGAUUCUGUCAAGAAGAAGUCCAGAGGGUCCAAAAGCUCUCCAGACGUGGUGCCCAUGAGAAGAAGAUCGUUUAGUGAUGGUGGGGACAGCGAUGCACCACCAGCUCUGACGCUCACCAUACCAUCAUCAGAAGAACUUGAAUCUGAACCUUCGCACCCAGUGCUCCGCAAGCAGAGAUCACUGGAGCUGGGCGCUCGUCCUCCCCAGCACAGAACUCCUCGCACCUCUAAGUGGACCAAAGUGAAGAGGGCUUUCCUCACGUCGGCGUCCGCAUCUGUACCUUCCAGUCCCAGUCGCCACUCUGCAUUUUUCACUGACGCUGAAACAGAAGGUCUGAGCAGUGGAUGCGAAGCGAGCGGGGUUCGUGAAGAAAUCGCCAGAGACUACGCCGCGCUGCAAUCGCGUCUGCGAAGGGAAUUCUCUGAUAGGCGGGGCAAAUUAUACUCUUCGCCACGACCUGUCGCAACCGAGGAACAGUUAUCGGCAGAUUAGAAGAAACUAGCAGAAUGGCAGCUAAUGAAGGGAGUGAAGCAACCACCUCCAGUGCCGGCCAGGCAAGAUCUCAGCGAGGACUUCUUGAAAAAAUGGGAUGAAUGGAAACGUAUGAAAGAAACAAAUUCGGUACCAGCUUGGGAAGAAGAAGCAAAGCCGGAUGAAGUUUUAGUACAAACCUCCACUGGUCUCUUCAAAUUUCAAGGCAUAUCCCGUUCUUUCACUCGCAAACUUCAUGAAUGGGAAAAGUCCCGUGGAAUAGCUCCGGAAGCAUCCACGUCAGCACUCCUCAGGGCGGCGCGUGCACGAACCAAGGUUACGCCAACAACUCUGACACGUACGCAGUCAGACGGCAGUGUUGCUCCACCAGCUGGCGCCUCUGAACGCCUCCACGCGUCAAGUCUCAGUGUUAACGAUGCUGAUGAUUUUGAUUCCGAGUAUGAAGGAGAACAAUCUGUCGAUGGGAUAGACGACUGUGAAGAGGAGCACACUCGAGGUGCUGUAUUGGUUGAAGUGGAAGCUGAGGAGGUUUGUACUGCGGCUCCUUUGAUGGCUGUAUCUCCAUGUCACACUCCACAAAAACCAGUCUAUACUUAUGGUCAAGCCGAAGCAAGACUUCUGUGUGAAACUAGUUCGGCAGUAACGGGCACAGCCGUGUUACAACCUAACGGUGCUGUUGCGCUUUCAGAUUCCCGUGGAAUAAAAUCCAAAAGUAAGACUGGUACUAAGCCCAAAUCAGCUCGAGAACAGUCUAAAGAAACUGAAAAGAAUUCAAAAAGAAAAAUUUCAAAGCAACCUAGCAUAGAAGAAGAUGCCAUGUUCAUUAGAAAGACAAUAGAAGAAAUUGAAAGAGGCAGUUCUAUGCGUUUUAAAGAUGACAACGAAAUAAUUACUGAAGCUGAUACUAAUAUUAAUGAAUUUCAUAAUACUGAUGAAGACAUGCCAUCCACUAGCAAAGGGAUUGAUCAUAAAAAUACUAGUUCUAAUUUAAAAGAAAAAGAUAGAGAUCAUAUAGAUAUAAAAGAUGAUAGCAAGCGAAAAGAAAUUGAAAAAGGUAAUGGUAAAAAGAAAAGUAAGUCUAGAUCAAGACUAGAAAGAGAACUAUCGAAACCUUCGGAGAGUGAUACAGAGCAAGAUGUCGAUACAGUUACAGUUGAAAUUCCUAGACGAAAAAAAAGACCAAGACGUGCAUCAGAAAGACCAAGAACUCCACCAACGGCUCACUUCCAUUCGGACUCUGAAGGAGAGGUAUUCGUACUUAAACUAAAAGCUCCGGAACUACGAGAUGGGUCUCCUGAAGUAAUAGUGAAAACAACAAGAAAAAUAUUUUCUCCAGUUGUAAGAAGUGGAGAAUCGGUACCAAGAGCUGUUAUACCCUUAAACGUUGAAGAUUUAGCUGAAGUAAGGUCUCCAAGAGAUCAUAAUAUAAAUUAUCAUAAUGUAGACAAUGUAAAAAAAUUUGAAGAAAAGGCAGGAAAAACAAGAUGUGCAACUGAUAUUAAUACUAAAGGCUCCGGAGAUCUCCAAGAUGAAGAACAGAAACCAAAAACUAGACCGCCUUUACCAUCAUCGCCAUCAUCGCAGCGAAAACCACAACCAAAAGAAACUGCUCCAUCUAUUCGAAUUAUGAUACAACGAUACAAUAAGAAAAUUAAUGAAGAAGGUCAUACAUCUGGGCCCAGCAGCGGUGCAUCUUCACCAGCCUGGCGAUCACCAGCUGCUGAAAGACGCCGCCCUCCCGAUAUGCCAAUUGGGGUUAAUAUCAGGAAUAACCCAUUUCUCGAAAGGGAAGUCCAGAAGUCUGCCAGCGCAUGUCAACUCUCCAGACGCGACCAAACAUCAGCUGACAAACGUCUCGUGCCAACAUCUUCGCAUGGUCUUGACAGAGUUUUAAAAUCACACAGUGCAAACGCUCUCCACCCUGAACAGUCUACAGUUGAAAGUCAAUCUUCAUUAGAACAAAAGAAAGUCGAUAGUGAAGAAACAUUAAGAUGCAAAGCGAGUACAGAUACAAUAGUUCCAGACUUAACAAGAAACCUGCCUGAUUUUCAAAAUAAUCUAAACAAUAAUAAUCAGUCCGCUCCUGUUUAUAGACAAUUGUCUGAAGUGAUAGUGCCUAGUAUAACAAGGCUAGUAUCAGAGAAUCCUCGCUUAUUUGAAAGAUCCAUAUCUACUGUGGAGCCUGCAAUGUCCUUGACUGAGGCUGACGCAGCGGCAGUGAGGCUAUCGGAAAGAGCUGCAAGGAUUCGAGCGGCGAGAGAAAGAUUUUUAGCGUCACCUGGGCCGAUAAGGAGGGAAGGAACUAGUUCUACCAGUGAUUUGAGGCCUGCAGAUAGAUCGAGCCGCAUAAGUUGCGAGAGUGAUGUAACAGAGUCACAAAGCUCCAGCAACCAAGAGUCUGGGUUGGGUCGAAGUGCGUCCACCGGUAUGGUAAACGUGGACAGGGAGGCGUGGCAGAGAGUGGCAGUUGAAGGACGGCGCGAGGGUCGUUCAAGGUCUCGGUUCAGCCUGGCGCGUCUAGCAGCCAAAUUACGGCGCAAAGACGAGGGUGCAGUCUCGCGCCUCUGCAGACAGAGUCUACUUGUGCAGUUGAGAAAUAAACAAUAAAAUAAUUUUGCUAUUUGUUGUUUUAUUACAAUUUAUUACCAACAACGAGUUUUUUUUUUUAAUAAACGAUAAUGGAAUGUUGACUUCGCCUGCACUAACGGUAUACCAGAGGGAGACUUUGUACAAGUCAUUUGCUUGUACACUUCUGUCCCAUUCGUUUUUCUACUAUGAAGCAGUUAUGUUUGCAUGACUAUGUUUCAGUUUGAAGAGUGAGAUAUGGCAGUGAAUUUACAGGGCACAGAGGAAUAACA